GAAUCAUCGUCGCCCUGUCUCGGAAUUCGACGGAUGUGGGACGACCCACGUGGCGCGGCAAGUCACGCCGCCGCGGCCACGCACCGCGACGCCAUCCUAAUCUCUCGCGAGCCUUUGACGAGCUCCUGCAAACGGCAUCUCGUAGCCACGAGUCGUCGGUUGGACUAGGUAUACGAUGGUGUCGGAGCCGGACGUGGCACGGGCCAGGGGCGUGCGUCACAACCGCCAUGACUCGCAUCAAGCUGACGCGUCGGUUCGUUUCGAUCGUGUCCGCGGAUGACCACCGUCUAGCAUGUGUCACCGCCUCUGUCUCUUCCGUCGUGUCGGUCCUCGGUCGACCCGACCAUGGCGCGAUGCUCCAAGUCGACCAUCGCCACGCCCCUACGCCCGCGGUCCAGUAUAAGAUCUACUAAGCUUAGAGGCACAGCACGCAAAGCGCCAGGUGCGCGCUGGCCUUGGCCGCCACUUUGCCCUUUCCCUGUCGACUUUGCACUUGGUCACGCCGUGUCGCAGCGCGUGGAUGUACACACCGCACCCGCUGUCACAAACCAGAGACGCUUUUCGGUCCAGAAAAUAGAAGCCCGCCGACUGGCCUCAUGCUGCGAAGCUGCUGAGUCGUCGUAUUUCCGUAUUCACCAUGCCGGCCGUGAACCUCCGCGCGACGAUCCAGUACAAGCCGCCGGCCAACACGACGGUCCAGGCCGCGCUCGACACGUUCCGGUCGCCGCAGUGGGUCGGCUACAUGCUGCGCCACAUUGUGCCCUUCCUCAAAGCGUCGAGCGGCGCGAAGCUCCACGUCCUCGCCGACCUGCCCAAGCUCGAUCGCUGCGACAGCGACUGCGUCAUCUGCAUGGGCGCCAUGGACGACGGCGCGAUCGAGCUGCCGUGCGGCCACCACUUCCACACCAACUGCAUCGACGCGUGGCUGCGCCUCCGCAACACGUGCCCCACGUGCCGGUACCAGUUUGAAAAGCAAGUCUCUGGCACGUAUGCGAUCCGCAGCAUCAACACGGCGCUCUGCCUCGACGGCGUGCGGUCCGCCGACGUCGACGACGUCCUCGGCCGGUCGCUCGACGGCUCGGCGCUCAGUGCCAUUGUGCACGUGACCAUGGUCCCGGCGGCGACGCUGCCGCCCAUGGAGCGCUACCCGUGCGUCAUGAACGCAGCCAUUGUCCGCGGCCCCGCGCCGACAACCAACGCCGUGCGGUCACCGUCGGCGAAGCGCAGUCGCCCCCACGAAGCGACGCCGCCCGUGCCCAAGCACACUAAGUUAUGUUAAAGUUAUUCGAUAGACGUUUGUAAUAUAGUAGAAAUGAUGAUGCUUGUUGUCUUCGACCGUCCG